AUUUUCUACCAUCCAUCAAUGUAAUUCACGCUAAUAUAUUUGUGUGUUUUUGGCACUUACCUGUGCCUAUGUCAUGGUGGUUGCAUAUUCAAUCAAUAGACCCAUAAUUCCAUACAUUUCUCCUUUUCUAUUUCACUAAAUGUAAUUCAAUAAUUCUUGUACUUUUGCCCAUCCAACUUCGCCUGAAUUUCACAAAUAACUGAAUUUCAGUCGGCAAAAUACUUUAUUGCAAAAAUUCCGUUUGUAGCAUUCAAUGGAUCACAUCUAACUCUCUUCUCCAUGCAUGCAUGAAUUUGCUUUCCUCUCAAACCUCUAUAAAUAUAACCACAAAAACCUUCACUUUUCCUCAUUCAAAAAGAUAAAUUAUCACAAACCCCUGUAUAGUUUGGACAUAAAAGAAAAAAUGGCUUCUUUUUCCUUUGGAAAAUCCUGCACUAUGGUUUAUUAUGUGGCAUUAAUGGCGAUUCUGGUCAAUGGGGCUAAUGCAAAAUGUGCUUUCGAGGCCAUGUUUGUGUUCGGGGACUCGAAUUCCGACACCGGAGGCUUUUUCGCAGCUUUUCCUUCUCAGCCGCCUCCUUUCGGCAUGACCUAUUUCAACAAGCCCACCGGUCGAGCCUCUGAUGGAAGAAUCUUUGUCGAUUUUCUCGCUCAAGCCAUUGGGCUUCCCUUCAUAAGCCCAUAUCUUCAGUCAAUUGGGUCUGACUUCAGGCAUGGGGCCAACUUCGCCACGGCAGGAUCCACCGUGCUCCAGCCUCAGACAUCCUUAUUUGUCAAUGGUGUCAGCCCUUUCUACUUGCAAGUCCAAGUCAACCAAAUGAGGCAGUUCAAAGCAAGAGUUGAGGAAUAUUCCCAAUAUCAAGGACAAACGAACCUUCCUCAAUUAGAUGUGUUUGGGAAAGCACUUUACACAAUCUAUAUCGGUCAGAACGACAUAACAGGCUAUGCCGGCUCAGGAGGUCCCGGUGGAAUCAAGCAAGUUCAAUCUCAGCUCGUUUCUCAAACGAUUAGCGCCAUUAAGGAAUUGUAUAGUAUGGGAGCUCGCUCGUUUGUGGUGCUUAACAUUGGCCCGGUUGGUUGUUACCCGGCUUUCAUUGUGCAAUUCCCUCACCAAAGCUCCGAUUUCGAUGCGUCGGGUUGCUUGGCUUCUUACAACAAUGCGGUGAACGAGUACAACUAUGCGCUCAAGAGCUCGGUCGAACAAGUUAGGCAAGAGCUUAAAGAUGCCAACUUCAUGUACGUCGACACUUACUCCGUGAUACUAGAGCUUUUCCAAAAGCCCUCCGAACACGGUUUGCAACAUGGGACCACCGCAUGUUGUGGAUAUGGAGGUGGACCCUACAACUUCAAUCAGCAGGUCUAUUGUGGGGCCACAAAGGAGGUAGACGGGCAGACCGUAACAGCUGGGCCGUGCAGCGACCCACAGAAUUACACCAGCUGGGAUGGGGUCCACCUCACAGAGGCUGCCAGCAAGGCAUUGGCAUAUGGGAUCCUAGGUGGCUCAAACCUCAAUAAAUAUUGUGAUAUUCAGCCUAUAGCCCGCGAGCCGCUCGACCUUCCUAAACCUAUGCUCGAGAUCGACUCGAUAACAUGCCCGAAUUCGGUCAAACUUGAGCUCGAACUGAGAUUUGACUCGAGCACUCGCGAGCCGCUCGUUUCAUUUGCAGUCCUAGUCAAGUUAAUCGAAUCUUUGAUGAGUCCAAUAUCUGAAGCAAAAUGUGAUAUUAGAGCAAUUUUCAACUUUGGGGACUCGAAUUCUGACACCGGCGGAUUUUGGUCGGCUUUUCCGGCAGCAAAUCCGCCCAACGGCAUGACUUACUUCAAGAAACCGGCUGGACGAGCAAGCGAUGGCCGGCUCGUGAUCGAUUUUUUAGCUCAAGGUCUAGGGCUACCAUUCUUGAGCCCAUAUUUGCAGUCAAUUGGUUCAGAUUACAGACAUGGUGCGAACUUUGCCACGCUGGCAUCCACCGUGCGCGUGCCCCAAACUUCCUUAUUCGUUACUGGAGUUAGCCCUUUUUCUCUCUCCAUUCAGCUCAAUCAAAUGAAGCAUUUCAAAGCCCAAGUUGUCCAAUUUCAUUCUAAUUCAGGAAUUAACAAUCUCCCUUCACCAGACGUGUUCGGAAAAUCCCUCUACACAUUUUAUAUCGGCCAAAACGACUUCACCGGAAACCUACCCUACAUCGGCAUAAACGGGGUGAAACAAUAUCUUCCGGAGGUAGUCGCCCGAAUUUCAAACACCAUCAAGGAAAUUUACGCGUUAGGCGGACGAACAUUUUUCGUGAUGAAUUUAGCACCGAUCGGAUGCUACCCUGCAUUUCUAGUCGAGCUGAAUCACGCGGAUUCAGACAUAGACAAAUUCGGGUGCAUGAUUUCUUACAACAAUGCUGUGGUAGAGUACAAUACCUUGUUGAAAGAGGCUUUGAGAAAGACGAGAGGAGAAAUUGUUGGUGCAAAUGUGAUAUAUGUUGACACACAUUCAGUGUUGCUUGAUCUUUUCCAGCAUCCAACUUCUCAUGGGUUGAAAUACGGAACAAAAGCGUGCUGUGGGAUGGGCGGCGGCGCGUACAAUUUCAGCCCAAAAGUAUUUUGCGGGAACACGAAACCGGUCAACGGGCAAAAUAUGACCGCCGGCGCCUGUACGGAUCCGUACAACUACGUGAGUUGGGACGGGAUUCAUGCCACGGAGGCGGCCAAUAGGGUAGUGGCGCGUGCCAUUCUCAAUGGCACCCUAUUUGACCCUCCAUUUGAACUUCAUAGACUCUGUGAUGUUCAGCCAAUUGGUUGACUUUUUUUCCAAUUUUAAUUUUCUUGAUUUUAAUAAGUUAUUAUCACAAAUUUUCGUAUGAGCCAGUCGAACUGUAGGAAGAUCGCUGUACAUUUAUAAUAAAAAAUACAUAUUUAUGCUGUAAAAUGUUGUACUUUAUUAAUGCUUUUUUUAGUGUAUGACAUUUAACUUUAACAGUUUUUAGAGUAUUACAUUUCA